AAUCAUACACCGUUAGCUGACAACAAACGUCAGCUGCAUACAAAAUUUUAAUAUGCACCACGAGGGACACAUAACACAACAUUAUGAAUAUAAUAUUAGACCACGAGGAUCGCACAAAUUAAUAACCUAUUAUGCUAUGUUCACUGAACUAUGCUACAACACUUCUCUUCUAUUUAUGUUCCAUCCAUUUUUCAAUAUUUAGAGAUUCAUCUUAAGCAUAGGUUGAGUUAAUAAUAUUCACUUUUGAGUUUGGUUUUUGGCUUUGGUAACAUUAUCACUAUUUUGUCACCAAUUACCAUACCAAACUCAAUCACUCAACCAUGCUUCAAAUCCAAGGCUACCUAGUAUUAUUUCUUUUAUGGUUCAUUUCAACUAUUUUCAUUAGAUCACUUUUCAAAAAAUCUGAGUAUUAUAAAUUACCACCUGGUCCCCCAAUUUCAUUACCAAUUUUAGGACAUGCACCUUAUCUUAGAUCACUUCUUCAUAAAUCACUUUACAAUCUAUCAAUUCGUUAUGGCCCUUUAAUGCAUAUCAUGCUCGGUUCACAACAUGUCAUAGUUGCAUCUUCAGCUGAAAGUGCUAAACAAAUAUUGAAAACUUGUGAAGAGUCUUUUAUCAAUAGACCAAUUAUGAUUGCUAGUGAAAAUUUAACAUAUGGUGCAGCUGAUUAUUUUUUCAUACCUUAUGGUACUUAUUGGAGGUUUCUUAAGAAGCUUUGUAUGACAGAGCUUCUUAGCGGGAAAACUCUCGAACACUUUGUUAGUAUUCGAGAGGAUGAAAUUAAGUGUUUUUUAGGUACCCUUUUGGAAACAUCUAAAAGUGGUAAGCCUAUUGAAAUGAGGCAUGAACUUAUUAGACAUACUAAUAAUAUCAUUUCUAGAAUGACCAUGGGAAAAAAGAGUAAUGGUAUGAAUGAUGAAGUUGGUGAGUUGAGAAAAGUGAUUAGGGAAAUUGGUGAACUUCUUGGUGCAUUUAAUUUAGGUGAUAUUAUUGGAUUUAUGAGACCAUUUGAUUUACAAGGAUUUGGAAAAAGAAAUAGAGAUACACAUCAUAAGAUGGAUUUAAUGAUGGAGAAAGUGUUGAAGGAACAUGAAGAGGUUAGAGCAAAAGAAGGUGAUGGUAGUGAUAGAAAGAAGGAUCUGUUUGAUAUUUUGUUGAACUUGAUUGAAGCUGAUGGAAGUAAACUCACUAGACAAAGUGCUAAAGCUUUUGCUCUGGACAUGUUCAUUGCAGGAACAAAUGGACCAGCAAGUGUGUUAGAAUGGGCACUAGCAGAACUAAUAAGAAAUCCACAUGUUUUCAAGAAAGCAAGAGAAGAAAUUGAUUCUGUUGUUGGUAAAGAAAGACUUGUUAAAGAAUCAGAUAUACCAAAUUUACCUUAUCUUCAAGCAGUAGUUAAAGAAACUCUUAGAAUGCAUCCACCAACUCCAAUAUUUGCAAGAGAAGCUAUAAGAAGUUGUCAAGUUGAUGGAUAUGAUGUACCAGAACAUUCAAAGAUUUUCAUCAAUGCUUGGGCUAUUGGUAGAGAUCCUAACUAUUGGGACAAUCCAUUAGUCUAUGACCCUGAAAGAUUCUUCGUCAAUGAUGAUCCUAACAAGAGUAAAAUUGAUGUUAGAGGACAAUAUUAUCAACUUUUGCCAUUUGGUAGUGGGAGAAGAAGUUGUCCUGGUGCUUCACUUGCUUUGCUUGUUAUCCAAGCAACACUUGCUAGUUUGAUACAAUGCUAUGAUUGGGUUGUUAAUGAUGGUAAGGAUCAUGAUCUUGAUAUGUCGGAAGUAGGAAGGGUUACUGUGUUUUUGGCAAAUCCACUCAAAUGCAAGCCUGUUCCACAUUUUGUUCCAUUCUCUGCUUGAAGAAUAUGGAUGGAAUGGUGAUUCAGUGAAGAAUCAAAUUCAUUUCUCAAGUUAUGUUUUGCCUGCUAUUUCUUGUUAUUGUUAUUUAUCUUAUUUCUAUUUUGUGUUUUUUUUAAGGAGAAGUGUAUGUGAAAACUUAAUGGCAGCCUAAUUUAUAUAAAAAUAAAUCCAAUCCUUUUCUAUCUUUAA